UUUUUUUUUUUCAAUUUCCAAUCGCAUCUUGUAAACGCGACUCUUCCUACCACACACACCUCCCAACCCCACUACAACCUUAUUACUUGAGACUCGCUCAAUUAAUCAAUUACACCAAUUUCCAACUACUCACAUCAUCCGAACACAUCAAUUCCAUCUCUUAACACAAUGUCCGACUCCGAGAGUGGCGGUGAUGAUCUCUUUGGCGACGAGGCUGACCAGGUCCAAUCUUCGGAACGAGCCCUUAGUGAUCGCGAUCUUGAAUCGGACCAAGAUGGUGGAGAGCAAGAACGUCAUCGCAGUCGUGACGAUGGUCGUGAUGAUAACAACGAUGAUGCCGACGAUCAAGAGGUCAAAGUGAAGCGCAUUAUGGAUGUUACAGUUCACCGACACAGGGUCCCAAGAACCUCUAAGGACGGUAAUGGAUUUCUGCAAUCGAUGAAAGUGCCAUCUUUCUUAAAAUUCCAGGCUGAAGAAUACAAGCCCGACACGUUUGAACCGACCGAAUGGGAUAUUCAAAACGCACGCUCCCAAGCUCGCAAGAACGUAAUUCGAUUCCAACGAGAUGCGGACACUGGCGAGCUUAAAAGCAACGCUGUGGUCUACAAAUGGAGCGAUGGAUCCAUGACGGUAUCAGUCGGAAGUGAACACUACGAGAUACAAAAGAAGAGCAUGGCCCCAGCAGCCGAUAAGCCACACUACGAUGAAAGAAGCGAUGCUCAUUAUUACGUUGCAGCACCCCACUUUGCCAACGAGUUAUUUUUGACCGUAGGCCAUAUCUCUGAGCAAUACUCGGUCAAGCUGCCUUCGAACCUAAAGGACGAGGCUAUCAUCAAAUUCAACCGUGCCAUGGAGGAGGCCGCACGCGCUAGAAGACAAGGAGCAGACAACAUUAUAACCACUACCAAGGACCCAGAGCUUCAAAAGAGAGAAGCCGAAGCGGCCGAGAAGGAACGCAUGAAAGCCCAACGAAAACGAGAUAAUGCGGCUGCUCGUGUUGAUGGGCGUGUCGGGGGUAGUAACUACAGGAGUGGCGGACUAUCGAUUGGGGAUUUGGAGGGUGGACGAAGGGCUGGCGGUUCUCGUAAGAGAGGUGCGCCGGGUUCGUCCAAGGGCAAGCGACGUAAGCCCGAGUACGAUUCGGAUGAUGAUUUUGCAUCAGGUGGCAACCGUCAAAACGAGUACGACCGCGAAGACGACUUCAUUGCUCCUAGUGAUGACGAGGAUGGAGCAAGCGGAGGUGACGAUGACGAUGAUGAAGAUCUCUUGGAUGACGAAGAGGAGCCAGCUCCUCGCAGGAAGCGACAGAAGACAGCUGACGCAGAGGACGCCGACGCAGACGCCGAUGCAGAUCUGGAUGAUGUGGAUAUGCCAGCCCCAGCUGCGGAGUCUUCUCACAGACGAAGACGCCACAUUAUCGACGAGGACGAAGAUGACGAAUAAAGGAAGCUUCUAAGGCUAGAAGCACAGAUAAUGGAUAUUCCACUGCUGGAACGGGCAUCGAGAGUUUCUCGAUCUGCUUACGCUAUAUUAUUACUUAGGUACCCGACGCUAGUAGAUACAUAGGGAUCCUAGGCUACCUAGGUCCUAGGUAGUAUUCUAGCCUAUUUCUAGGUAUUAUUGCAACCACAGCUACAUACCAACACGGCGCGGGGCACUACUGUUACCUACUGCAUAUACUAAUGUAUGCAGUAUGUAGGUACAUGCACAGUAGUACAUACCUAUUAGUAGUAUACCUACUACCUAGUACCUAGUAGUUACGGGUACUUGAGUUUGCAUAUAUGGAUGUAACAUUAAUGCACACAUUGGAUGUGCACUUAUAAACUUAGGAACACCAUCAAACGAUAGCUCCUAUAGCUAGCUGUUUCUUAUUCAAUCUCCAAGUGAAAUUAUAAACAUUGAACUGAA